AACCGGGGGGGGGUUAUUAACAACAACAAGAAGGCCAGUCAGGAUAAGCAAAAGAUUAUUAGGAAGACGCAGAAGUUAUCGGCCAAGUUGGCGGAUUGGUCGGAUGAGGAGGAGGAAAAGGUGGGUGGGGGAGGGGGGAAGUGGGACAAGGUUGUCAUUUUGAGGCACAUGUUUACGCUGGAGGAGCUGGAGGAGGAUCCGGCUGCGCUGUUGGACAUCAAGGAUGAUAUCAGGGAGGAGUGUGAGACGUUGGGGAAGGUGAACAAUGUUAUUUUGUAUGAUCAGGAGGAGGAGGGGAUCGUGAUGGUCAAGUUUGGGAGUCGGGAGGCGGCGGAGAAGUGUCUGAGCAAGAUGCACGGGAGGAAGUUUGAUGGGAGGACGGUGGAGGCGUUUUUUGCGACGGGGAGGGAGAGGUUUAGGAAAAGUAGGGAUGCUGGGGGGGAGGAGGGGGUGGAGAGUGAGUAG